AUUCACCCCAUUACUUUUUCAACAAGCAACCAUUCUCUCUCUCACUUUCUUUCUUUCUCAUUACCGUGUUCAUGACAGUACAUUUCUGUCUUUCUACCAGAAACUAGUUUCUGGAAACAGAGUAGAAUUGUGUGUGUUUUGCUUUAUAGAAGUGCUUUAUUUUGUUUUUAAAAUGAGAAAAUUUUGGCCUUGGUGAUGAGUUUUUAUUGAGGGAAUUGAUUUUUUGUUGGUUUUUCUUUUUUUUUUUUUUAAGUUUUAAGUUUAAACAUAAUGGGAAAUUGUUGUUGUAGAUGGGAGCCUUCUGUAUAUAUAGACUCAUCUAAUGCAAAAUCAGAUGAGAGUCUGAAACCAAAGAAGAAUGACAGUAAGUUACCGUCAAACCCCAAAGAAGUAGAAGACUUGCGCCGCGAUUCUGCUGCAAAUCCAUUGAUUGCUUUCACAUAUAAUGAGCUCAGAAUAAUCACUGGAAACUUCAGGCAAGAUCGCGUUCUGGGUGAAGGAGGCUUUGGAAGCGUUUAUAAAGGGUUCAUUUCCGAGGACAUGAGGGAAGGGCUUCAGUCCAUUCCGGUCGCUGUUAAGGUUCAUGAUAGUGAUAACAGUUUUCAAGGCCAUAGAGAAUGGCUGGCAGAAGUCAUAUUUUUGGGGCAGCUUUCUCAUCCAAAUUUGGUUAAAUUGAUCGGUUAUUGUUGCGAAGAUGAACAGCGUGUACUAAUAUACGAGUACAUGGCUCGUGGUAGUGUUGAGGACAACCUAUUUUCCAAAGUAUUGCUCCCUCUUCCAUGGUCUAUCAGAAUGAAGAUUGCAUUUGGAUCUGCAAAAGGGCUUGCCUUUCUCCAUGAAGCAGCAAAACCUGUAAUCUAUCGCGACUUCAAGACAUCAAAUAUCCUGUUAGACGCAGAUUAUAAUGCAAAGCUUUCUGAUUUUGGCCUUGCAAAGGAUGGACCGGAGGGAGACAAGUCUCAUGUCUCGACUCGCAUAAUGGGAACAUACGGAUAUGCAGCACCUGAGUAUAUAAUGACAGGUCAUUUGACUCCAAGAAGUGAUGUGUAUAGCUUUGGAGUAGUUCUUCUCGAGCUUCUUACGGGAAGAAAAUCUCUAGACAAGUUGAGGCCAGCGAGAGAGCAAAACCUAGCGGAUUGGGCACUUCCUUUGCUGAAAGAAAAGAAAAAAUUGCUCAGCAUUGUAGAUCCAAGAUUAGAAGGAGAUUAUCCAAUCAAAGGAGUUCACAAGGCAGCCAUGCUAGCUUAUCAUUGCUUGAACCACAAUCCAAAAGCAAGGCCUCUAAUGAGAGAUAUUGUAGAUUCCUUGGAGCCUUUGCAACUUCUUGAGGAAGUUCCCACUCAAAAUAGAAGUAUUGUAACAGUGAUUAGCGAGGAACCAAAUUCUGAGCUUAAAAGAAAAGAAGAUCAUUGUUUCACAGUGUAAUUAAUUGUUAAUUAGCAUUUAACAUAUGGGUGGUCCAUGUCUUUUAUAUUUGGUUUUUAUGUGUGUAUGUGUGUAUGCGUAUAUGCAUUUGCUUCUUCUUUAGAGAUCAGAUGGAGAAUAUUUGUACCAAAUUGAUUAUUAUUGUUAUAAUAUAGUAAAUAUAGAA